AUGAUUGACUUAGAACAAAGUAAUAAGGAAUUGAAAAAAAGUUAAAAGGUUUUGCAAGAAAGCUACAUAACUCUAUGCCUAAAAUUAAUUAAGCCAUCUAUCUAAUUAAAAGAAUUCAUUUAGAUCCAGAAUAGCAGAGAAGACAUCUUGGUUAUCUAGUAAAACUAACUUGGGUAUUUAAAAGUUUAUGAUUAACUUGUAAAAUAAAAUAAAAUGCUGAUCAUAUGUUUGUCUGAAGACUUUGAGAAAUACAAUCUCUUCUAUCAAGAAAUAACUAAUUAGUGCUUAAGGAGUGAUAUGAUCUUAAAAAUGAUUGACUAAUACUAUUUAGACACUGACAGGCUUUUUUACGUUUUUGAAAUGGAGUGCUUCGAUUUUACUUUGACUUAAUUUAAAAAUAGAUUCCAAUUGGAACAUUAAAUGACCUAGAAAAUACAAAAUUUUGUCUAAAAAUUUUACUAAUAAAAUGUUGAAAUAUUUUAUCAAAAGAAUUUUAAAGAUCUUCAAGAAUAUUUUGUAUAGAUAAAUAGCAAUAACUAGUUGAUAGUCAAAUUUAAUUUAAUUGAUCCUAAUUGGGAUUUUGAAUCUUAUUUUUAGAAACAUCAGAUUGUAGGUUCUACUAACAUUAAUUUCUCAAAAACAACAUCACUGUUAUCUGAAGAAGAUUUAGAAAAUAAGAUUGAAUAGAAAGAAUAAGAACUUAUUGAAGAAAUUUAAUACUCAAAUAAUGAAAUUCUUGACAUGAUUAAUGGAUUUUAAGAUUAUUUUAAUAAUUACGUAUAAAAAAAAGAGUUUCUGAAAUAUGUUUAAAAUCUUCAUGGAAAUGUUCUUAGAUAUCACCCUUUGGAAAUUUUUGAAGUUAUUCAAAAUCAUCCAUUGUAUGAUCAAUUCAAAUUUGAAAUUUCGAAUUAAUCUAUGUUUGAAUUACAUGCUUAUAAAAGAGAUAAAGUCAUUAUUCUGCAAGGAUUUAGCCAUUAAAAUCUAUCAUAAGCUGAAGAAUAACUUUCAUUAUAUAAUAAGUUAUUAUCAAAUCCAUUAUUUACCAAAAAUACAUCAAUUAUUAGUGCAGAAUUACUAAUGUUUGAGAAAUAAAGCUAUGUUUUAGUGGAAAAAAUGCUUAUUGAAAAAUCAUAAAAAUAAAAUUGCUGCUUUUUAAAAAAUGAAAGCUGCUUUGAAGAAAUUCAAAGUCUAAUUCAUCUAAGUUAUGAGCUUUUUACUAUUUGUGGUUUGCAAAUAACUAAAAUUAAUCCUUCAACUCUUUUUCGAUUAAAUAAAUAAGGUUAUAAUUAGUUGUAUGAUAAUGCAAUAAAAAUUAUUUAAGAUGGCAAUUUUUAUAAAUAAACAAAACAGAAUAUUAACUUCUAUUAAAAAAAUAGAAGUUAUUUUGAAUCUAAACUAGAAGAGGUAAAAAGCAACACAGCAGCUAUAGUAAAAGACAUUUUUAAAUAUGAUUUAUAUCAUUUUUAAGAAUAAACUUUAAAUGAUGAAAAUAUGCAAUAAGAAAUUAAUCUAACAUAAAAUGUUAAUAUCGAUUGUACUAUCCAUUAAGAAAUUAAUGACAUUCUAUUCUUUCAAAUAAUUGUUAGAAGAAAAAAGCUAUGA